AUGGAUAAGUCAUGGAUGCAUGCGGAUAGAAGAUCGAAGGCAUAUAAGUUAGUUGGAAUUAUAAGGGACCACUUAUAUUUUAAUGGAAUUGACCAAAGCUAUAAGAUUUGGACAUGGCACAGAGAACCUUGGGAAUGGACUACUAAUGCUAGUAGAAAUGUGGAAGAGGAUGAGCAAUGUGAGUUCAGUUUUGUUUCUAAAGAAGUAGGGAUGGAUGAUAAUGAUUUAGGCGACGUUGGAUUUGAUCCUUAUGAGUUUGCCAAUGUGAUUGGGGAUGGAGAUCAACCCUUGUACCCUAGUAGCAGUAAGUACACGAUGUUGUCGGCUUUGGUGAAAAUUAUUGAUACUUCAAGGAGAUUUGCUUCCAUAAGGAAAUACACUACCUUCCUCUAUGUACGAGGCCAAAAAGACAUUGUCUGCUUUAGGGAUGAGUUAUGA